AUGAAAAAGGUUGUUUAAAAAAUCUAAAGCUUAAAAAAUAUUUCUUAAAUCAUAGCUUAAGGAGAUCAUGCUGUUACAGUAAAGAAUAUGUUAAAUGCUUUUGAAAAAUAAACAAAAGAAGAUUUAAGUUAUUUGGAAAAGAAUUUGUUAAAGAUAUUCCCACUUUUUAAUUUGAUAAAGAAAUAACUAAAAUCAUAAUCAAAAUUUUAUGAACUUAUAUCUCAUCUUUUAAUUGAGAACUUUUAAAACAAUUAGGUUAUUUUUUAUAAAGGGGAUAUUGGAAGAAAAAUGUAUUUUGUUCUCUCUGGUCGUCUUUUGAGCUACCCUUAUGAUUUUCGAGAUAUAAGUAUUUAAAUUUUUGAUUAGAGAUAAACAUACCGCAAAUAAGGAACUAAAUGUAGGAGAUCAUUUUGGAGAAAUUAGUCUUCAACAUAGAAUACCAAGAACAUUAACGGUCAUUUGUAAAGGUGAAGUUAUUUUAAUUAGUGUAAAUUAUGAAACUUAUUCUACUUUUAUUUAGACCUCAGUUGAUAAAAUGUUAACGGAUUCAUAUAAAUUAAUUAAAACUUUAAGUAUCUUUAGAGAUUGGAGUGAAUUUACACUUUAAUUAAUAUUACAUCAUUUAAAGGAAUCAAAGUUUUAAAGAAAUUAAUAUGUUUUUAAAGAGGGAAAUAAAGAUUAAAAUUUAUAUAUUAUUAAAUCUGGAGAGAUUAUUUUAUAAAAAUAAUAUACAAUCAAAUAAAAAAAAAGUGAAAAUGGAUUGAUUUAUUUAAGCCAUAAUUAAUGUUUUGGAGAUUUUGAAUUUAUUGACGAUUAAAAGUGGUUAAAUGAUAAAAAUUUAUUAAAAUAAAUAAGUAGACAAAUGGAUGCAAAAUCAACAACUGAAACUUUUAUUCUAUAUCUACCAUUUCUUACUUAUAUUAGAAUAUAAGAAGAAUAUCAUUCAGUUACUCUAUAAUUAUUUUUAUCUAAUUCAAAGUAGGUUGUAAUUUAGAGAAUGAAAAAAUUAUAACAGUAAAUUAUAAAUAAAUAAACAAAAUUAGAUGAAGAAAAUGAAAAAAAAGAUGAACUCUCUGAAUUAAGAAUAUUUAAAGAUUAAAAAAUUGAAGAAAAGUAACCUUAAAUAGAAAACGAUACUACUAAAAUUAAACAUUCUAACAAUCCUUAUUUAUCUUUAAUGGGAGCUAUUAAAAACAAUAGAACUAAGGAACAUUAAUAAUAGUAGCCAGCUUAAUAAAUAGAUUAAAUUGCUAAUCAAUUUUCUUAAAAAUCUAUUUUAAUGAAAUUUGAUAGAGGACACAAAAUAUUAUUAUUAAAAAAGCUAAGAGAUGCUUCAAUAUUACCUGAUCCUAAAGAUAAUUUUAUUUAUUAAUAAUAAUCUGUAAGAAGUAGUUAUUCAAGAUUAAGGAUAAAUAGAAAAUAUUAAUAAAGUAUUUAAUAGGAUAAUGUUACUAUAAUCAAACCUUAAGUUAAUUCUCGUUCUCACACCCCUGAUUCUUCAGUGGUAUUACAAAAUGAAGAUAAAACAUAAAAUAAAAUAAAUAAAUGUUAGAGGGCUUUUACAUUUAAAAUAAAUGAUUAUCAUAAUUUUAAACUAUCAUAAAAUUCUGUUGGAUAUUCACGAUCAAUGUCUUAAAUGAGUGUUAGUCGAAGUAGCAUAAAUCGUAAAUCACCAAGUAAAUAUAAAUUUGAAAUUGAAUAUGAAAAAAGCUAAUAGUAAACCCCAUAAAAAUAGCCUAAAAUAGAUCUUGAUUUGUGCAUUUAUGGAAAAUAAUGA